AUGGACUCGUCUCAAAACGACGGCGUUUACGAACCUCUUCUCCAGCCUCACGGUGAUGGAACGCUACCGUCUCCGUGGACGGAAGCUAGCAAAGGCGAGCUAGAAAGAGUGCUUUCCGACGUCGAAACUCCCCUCUUUCUCCGCCUUCGUAAGGCUACUAUGAUCGAGUCGAAACUUCUCUUCAAGCUCGCUGCGCCUGCGGUUGUCGUCUACAUGAUAAACUACUUCAUGUCCAUGUCCACUCAAAUCUUCUCCGGUCAUCUCGGAAACCUAGAACUUGCCGCUGCUUCUCUUGGAAACACCGGAAUCCAAGUAUUCGCCUACGGUCUCAUGCUAGGAAUGGGGAGUGCGGUGGAGACACUGUGUGGACAAGCGUACGGAGGUAGAAAAUAUGAGAUGCUUGGAAUUUAUCUCCAAAGAUCCACCGUGUUGCUCACUCUCACCGGCGUUCUACUCACCUUGAUAUAUGUUUUCUCCGAACCGAUUCUGCUUUUCCUCGGAGAAUCGCCCGAAAUAGCUUCCGCAGCGUCUCUCUUCGUUUACGGUCUAAUCCCUCAAAUCUUCGCGUACGCGGUGAACUUUCCGAUACAGAAAUUUCUUCAAUCGCAAAGCAUCGUGGCUCCGAGUGCUUACAUCUCAACCGCAACACUCUUCGUGCACCUUCUCAUAAGCUGGCUUGCUGUGUACAAGCUCGGUAUGGGACUUCUUGGAGCGUCGCUAGUGCUCAGCCUCUCGUGGUGGAUUAUAGUUGUGGCUCAGUUUGUUUACAUUGUGACCAGUGAUCGGUGUCGUGAGACGUGGAGAGGAUUUAGUGUACAGGCUUUCUCGGGUUUACCGAGUUUCUUUAAACUCUCCGCUGCCUCCGCCGUGAUGCUCUGCCUUGAGACUUGGUAUUUUCAGAUCUUGGUUCUUCUCGCUGGACUUCUAGAGAAUCCGGAACUUGCUCUCGAUUCCCUCUCAAUUUGCAUGACGAUUUCAGGAUGGGUGUUCAUGAUAUCUGUUGGAUUCAAUGCUGCGAUAAGUGUACGAGUGAGCAAUGAACUUGGAGCUGGAAACCCUAAAUCAGCAGCCUUUUCCGUAAUCGUCGUAAACAUUUAUUCGUUAAUCACAUGUGUGAUCUUAGCCAUUGUCAUUUUGGCGUGUCGUGACGUUUUGAGCUAUGCGUUUACUGAGGGUGAAAAAGUAUCGGCCGCGGUUUCUGAUCUUUGUCCACUUCUUGCUGUAACGCUUGUUCUCAACGGAAUCCAACCCGUCCUCUCCGGUGUGGCGGUUGGAUGCGGUUGGCAAACGUUUGUGGCAAAAGUUAACGUCGGAUGCUACUACAUUAUUGGAAUUCCUCUUGGAGCUCUCUUUGGGUUUUACUUCAAGUUCGAUGCCAAGGGUAUAUGGACGGGAAUGAUAUGUGGUACGUUUAUACAAACAAUUAUUUUGGCGUGGGUCACGUUUAGAACAGACUGGACGAAAGAGGUGGAAGAAGCUUCCAAAAGAUUGGACAUAUGGAGCAACAAGAAAGUAGAAGUGGUUCCCGAAUGA